AUGAACACCUUCGAGUCGCAUUCCGACCCAUCGGCCAACCAACCCAGUCCUGCUGUCAGUGCCGCCGAUUCUUCAGGAACCCCUAUUGCGGCUGCUAAUGGCCCUGGUGGACAAGGGCUUAGUUUUAGGAGACAACGCGCAUCACGCGCGUGUGAGGUCCGCUGUGAUGCCGCUAGCCUCGGAGUCCCAUGUACAAACUGUGUCGCAUUCUCAAUAGAAUGCAAGAUCCCAACCCCCAAAAGAAAAAAGACUCAAUCGAAGGCCAAGGACGACGGUCGGUACGUCGACAGCCCACCCCAGAAUGAUCCCUCGCUCGUCGACCCUGCGAUUCCGCACUUCCAAUCCACCAGUGCCGGCCCUACUGAAGCUGCACCGAACGAACAAUCUCGAUCCCUGGGCUUGGAGCAGAAGGGGAACCAUGAAUUUAGUUACCAUAAGAGUCGGAUGAGCUCCAAUGGCAUGCCUGCCACAUCUUUCACGGAGACGGAGGCCGCGCAACAAAACUCGAGUGAAAACGUCUAUGCCCAAUUCAUGAAACCCAAGUUUGCCCGUGCUCCGAUCAAAGAAGCGGGGCGCGUGGCGUAUCUUGGGGAGUCGUCGAACUUGUCGCUACUGGUCCAGGAUCGCCAUGGAACAUCGAAUGUUGUGCACUACCCACUUCCACCAAAUAUUCGAGGCUCCCGAGCGCGGCUCACGGAUCUGGAACCUCUCGAGAUUGAUAUUCUUCACCAGCGAGGAGCAUUUCUACUCCCACCGAAACCUCUAUGCGAUGAAUUGGUCGAUGCCUAUUUCAAAUGGGUUGCGCCCGUGGUGCCCAUCAUCAACCGCAGCCGCUUUAUGCAUCAUUACCGCGACCCUAAGGACCCUCCUUCACUCCUCCUACUACAAGCAAUACUCCUGGCUGGCUCAAGGGUUUGUACCAACCCGCAGCUCAUGGAUGCGAAUGGAUCCACUACCCCUGCUGCGAUGACCUUCUAUAAACGCGCCAAGGCUCUUUAUGAUGCUAACUACGAAGAUGAUCGUGUUACGAUUGUGCAAGCAUUGGUACUGCUGGGCUGGUACUGGGAAGGACCUGAGGAUGUCACCAAGAACGUAUUCUAUUGGACCCGGGUGGCCAUGGUUGUUGCCCAGGGAUCGGGAAUGCACCGCAGUGUGGAAACAUCUCAGCUCAGCAAACCUGAUAAGAGGCUUUGGAAGCGAAUUUGGUGGACGCUUUUUACUCGGGAUCGAUCCGUAGCUGUAGCGCUAGGACGACCAAUCGGUAUCAAUACAGAUGAUUCCGACGUGGAGAUGGUGACGGAAGACGAUUUUAUUGAAGAUGAGGUUGAUAUGCCAGCCGAGUACCCACCAGAGCCAGUGCAUGUGCAGUUCUUCCUGCAAUACGUCAAGCUGUGUGAGAUCAUGGGGUUGGUUCUUUCACAACAGUACUCUGUAGCAUCAAAAGCACGACGCACAAAUGCGAUGGAUCUGACACAUUCGGAUAUGGCUCUGGCAGAUUGGCUCCAGAACUGCCCCAAGGAAGUCUGUUGGCAGCAAUCUCGACACCAUUUCUGGGCGGCUUUACUUCACUCCAACUAUUACACCACGCUAUGCCUUCUGCAUAGAGCCCAUAUGCCUCCUGCAUCCUCUGCGCCCAAUAGUUACCGAAACGAGGAAAUGGCGUAUCCUUCACGCACCAUUGCUUUCCAAGCUGCAGGUAUGAUGACUUCUAUCGUCGAGAACUUGCAGGCUCAUGAUGAAUUGCGAUAUACUCCUGCAUUCAUUGUAUACAGUCUUUUCUCUGCCUUAAUCAUGCACGUGUAUCAGAUGCGCUCGUCAGUCCCCACAAUUGUGGCAACGUGCCAGGAGCGAAUCAACGUCUGUAUGGCUGCCUUGAAAGAUGUUUCGAAGGUAUGGCUAGUGGCAAAGAUGGUCGAUACGCUCUUCGAGUCCAUUCUCGGCAACAAGAUUCUCGAGGAACGACUUCAAAAAGCCGCUGGCACACGACACCGACGGAGACCUCAUGAGAAUCCUGCAACUGUAAGGAAACCGGACCCUUUAAAACGCAAAUUUGAUGACAUGGACCUUGGCUUGUCUAAUGGUGGUCCGACACCUCCCAUGUCGUAUGAACGCUCGCGUCCUCAAACACCUGCGGUGACGCCCUCUCGAGAACUCAACCAGCCUCAGACUCAGCCUCCAACGGGCCACUCCACCCCUAAUCCCCACCGUGGACUACAAGACCCAGGUCCCAUUCCUAUCAACUCUCGAGGGAAUACCCGUCCAACUACACCGUUUAAUGCACAGUUUUCUCUGCCCGCUACACCUCCCGAUUUCUUCCUUGUGACUCGUGCCUCGCCGAACCUAUCUCCAUCACUGUGGGAGAACUUCCAGCCAGACCAACUCUUCCCAGAUGGCACAGCAAUAUUUUCCGAACUGACAUCGCCCCCACCAGGGACUGUAGACCCGCAACUACAAGUGCCUCAAAUACACCCUCCGAUGGGCCCACGGCAGAUGAUGGGUAAUCAACAGCCGUCGGCUAUGCCGAGUCGUAGCAUGCCUGGUCCCCAGGCUAGCCCACAGAUGAUGUCGGGAGUGCCAGCCGGUAUGGGCAUUCCGCCGGGCCAAGGACCAGUGUAUGGAAUAGAAGGCUCACCAUGGCCGAUGCCAGUUUUAGACGGAACCAUGAAUGGAGCAGCGCUGGACGCUGCCAGCCAAGAUGACAACUGGAGUAGCAGUUCGCGCAGCGGCCCAACUGCACCAACAGCGUUGAACGUUGAAGAUUGGUUCCAAUUCUUUGGCAUCAACGGUAACUUUGGCGUAUAA